AUGGCCGUCGCGGGUCCCUGCGCCCACUCGUUCAAGAUGAUCAAGUCGGACAGCACUUUGAUCCAAUGGACCUGCAACCUUUGCCAUUCUGGACCCCACUGGAGCAUUUUCGAGUGCCGGUAUUGCAAGCUUCACACCUGCCGGCCCUGCACCCAAAACGCCUGA